GAGCGUGACGCGGCUUUGACUUUGGGCGCUCGGGCACAUUUUUCAGUCGCUUGGCCCGGUGAGUUGGAGGAUGGAGCGCGGAGGAGAGCCGCACUGAGCGCGUCCGCUGAGGGAGAGGAGACGGCUGAGGAGGGCGCGAGGUGGCACCGUUAAAGUCCGGGCAGAUGAUGCUUGUUUGCCGCAGGCCCCGCAAUCGUGAAAUCGGAUACCGACAUGCGGCGGAUGGGGUGACCGAGCUCGCUGCUCCGCCGGGGAGGUCCCUGUCUUCGGACGGUGCCGGGAUGGGAGCUGCCUGGUUCUAAGGGAAGGAAGGAAGGAGUGGCAAGAGGGAAAAUGCCGACGGAGGAGGAGACGGCCACCGCAGAAGAGCCCAUUUUGGAGGAAGGGUCAGGACGAGAGCAGCAGCGGCCAGUCCAACAGUCUCUGGCCUCGUCCCUGUGUCGGGAGUCCCACUGGAAGUGCCUCGUCCUGACCCUCCUCAUGUAUGGCUGCUUCGCCACACUGGCAUGGUGCGCUCUCUGCCGGGUGCCGGUUCUCGGCUCCUCCUCCAUACCGCUCGGGGCCGCCGACGACGCCACCGCGGCGGCCUAUUACGACAUCCUGCACUUGGAGAGCCCGUGCUCCAGUGGCUACGUCUACAUCCCCCUGGCCUUCCUCGCCAUGCUUUACGUGGUGUACUUGGUGGAGUGCUGGCACUGCUUCUCCAAGACGGCCAUGUUGGCUCAUGCUGAAUUCCAGGAAGUGUACGAGCGCGUGCAGAGGCUCCAGCAGGCCACACCCUGUAUUUGGUGGAAGGCCAUCAGCUACCACUACGUGAGGAGGACGAGACAGGUGACGAGAUACCGCAACGGAGAUGCGUACACGACCACACAGGUCUACCAUGAACGGGUGAACACUCACGCCUCCAGCUCGGAGUUCGACUACGGCCGUUACGGCGUCAAAGACGUGUCCAAGCAUCUGCUGGACCUGCAGCUGCACCCUGCCGUGCGCCUCCGCUUUACCAAGUGUUUCAGCUUCUCCAGUGCACGUGCUGAAGCUGCCUACCUCACCCAGCGAGCUCGCUUCUUCGGGGAGAACGAGGGCCUUGACGACUACAUGGAGGCCAGGGAGGGAAUGCACCUGAAGAACGUGGAUUUCCGCGAGCACAUCCUGGCGUUCCCGGAUCCUACCCAUCAGCCGUGGUUUGCCAGGCACAGGGUGUUCUGGCUGGCUUCGGCUUUCCUCCUGUCGUGGCCGCUGCGGGUGGUGUCCGAACAUCGCACGGCAUACGUCCACUACCACGUGGAGAAGUUGUUCGGGGAGGAUGAGGACGGCGGCGGGGGAGGAGGACCAGGUGGAGGAGGACCGGGUGGAGGUGGGACUGAUGGCGGCACUGAGAACGGAAUCCGCCCGGGAGGGAUUAGUAUUGGGAUUGGUCUGAACGGGACGAGCUACAGAGCCAUCUCCCGGGUCAACACUGUGGACAUGACAGAACUGGAGUGGCACAUCCGCUGUAACCAACAGAUGGUCCCAAGCUACUCUGAAGCCCUCCUCAUGGACUUGGACAUAAGUGGGGGGACAAACCCCACUGUUUCUACCCCUGUCUCUGGGCCUACGGGCAGCACCCCCAGCACGGUAACCAACCCGCCUUCUCUGACUCUGCCCGUGGUGUUCAACUCCGCUUACCUCCUGCAGAGCUGUCCUCGAUGUCGGAGGACAACCUCGAGCUCCAGUCUUCCCUCCAGGCUAAGAGCCUCGAUGGGAACCACGGCCCUCCUGAACGCCACCGUGGCAGGGAUCAGGGCAGCAGGGCCGGGUGGUGGGGCCAUAGGAGGGAGGUUGGUGCUCAGUCGGAGUGGAUUCUCACUCGGGAGACUGGCAGGAGGACGCCAAAACAGCCUGUUUCAUUCAAGAAGCAUGGGGGGAGGGCUCGGAGGAAGUCGGGAAGAGGGAGGAGGAAGUGCCGGAGGCGGAGGUGGGGGAGGCGGUGGUGGUGGCGGAGGUGGAGGAGGAGGAGGUGGAGGAUUCCUCGGGUUGGGUUCAAGACAGGACAAUGAGGAAACCAGAGGAGUCCUAGAAGGAGAAGGGGAUGACGAUGAAGAGGAGGAGCAGGAGGAGGAGGAGAGAAGGGAAGACCGGGGAAGAGAAAGGAAUGAUGAAGGAGAGCAGGACAACGGCGUGGGAGGAGAGGCGAGGGAGGGCGAUAGGGAGCGUCCUCCAUCCUACCAGGAUGCGUUCUUCUUCCCUGUCCUCAUUAUACACGGAGAGGAGAGCUGCCAUGCUGGAGACGACAUGUGACGAGUGGAACACAUGGAGGGAAAGAAAAGUAUCGGCUGAGGCUCAGGGAGAUGGAAGGGACUGAGUGGAAAGAAAAGAAUUGAUCACAGUAGAAGGGGCUGAGGGAAAAUGAUACUUGAUAGACCCAAAGAAUGAAUGAAAUGAGAAGCGAAUGAGAAGAGAAAAGAAGGAGCUGGUUGACAGAAUACCAAGCAGAGACACGGAAGAUAGGAAUCAGUCAUAACAAAGUGGGGAAGGUAAGAAUAGCUCUGUGACACAAAUAAUAAGGAAGGAGGGGAUGGAGUGGGGAGGAGAAGCAGAGAAGUCUCAGAACGAGUAGACCGCUUCAGGGGAUUUGAACAGAUUCGGUGCAUACUGUAAAAAAAAAAAAAAAAAAGGCAUGAAACAGUGGUUGAGAGGAAGAUGGAAUCUGCUGCACAGAGAAAGAGGGUGAGAGAGGAUGACAAAUCAGAUACUUGGGAAGAAUGGAGAGACUGAAAACACGUCUAUUUUCAGAAAUAUCUAUGCAAGAACAGGAGAGGGAGGAGAAAACAAUUCUAAAGAUAGCAACCGGAGGGCAGCGGAGAAAGUCUAAACCAGCUGAGCGCUCAUGGGUAGUUUUUCAAAAUAAACAGUCGAGGGGGGAAAGGUAGUUUGAAGGUUCAGCUUUGCUAAAAAGUGGCAGCGAUAAGAAAUAUGGAUUAUCUGAAGAGACAACAAACAAGGAGGAACCGAAUGAGAUCAUAACAAAAGGCACUGUGGGGAAGUAGCGGGAGAAAAUCCAUAAUACGCUAUUUGGUAAAAGAGCAAAGGAGUAGACAACAUAGAUCAGAUGACACUAAAUCUAAAAUAUCUCAUGCAAACCCUAAAAAGAGAAAACAGACUUUUGAGGAAAAUCAACUCAAGAGGAGGAGAAGACAAACACACGGCGGCAAAUUCCAAACAAAAUCUUCGAAGUUUCCCCUGUGUAACAUUUUCAAAUAGAUUUCUCUCAGGUCUUCUAGGGUUUACUGGUCCACCUCACACGACGCCACCACCACUCCAGUGCCAACAAAAGAGGAGAAGCAUCGAUUUCCUCCGCGUCUCUGCAAGCCGUCACUUCACCAUUAGCCUCCCCACCACUCCCCGUCCAUUACUGAUAUGAAGCUGAUAGGGAAGAAAAAAAAAAGAGUGACUGCUUCCUCCUGCUUUCAGCUUCCACCAUUCCUCUGCUUGCUCUCCAUCCAUCCAUCUCAUCACUUCUUCUGUGCUCAUUCCCGGGGUCCACAUAUAACAAGAGCAGAGGUGUAAUUCUCAGCAUCACUUCUAAUAUAUAUUCUUUAUGAAAGUGCAGCCCCAUGAACAGUCUUUUUUUGCAAUUAUCACGUAAGGUGAGAUCCCAAAAUAGAUCAACUGCAUCGGUCGUUUACUUCCCUUCUUCCUCUCCUCCAUCACCUCCAGCUCAUCCCUUUCUUCUUCUUGUUUUUUUUCUAAAGUGGUAGAUAUGUGAUACGCCUCUCUCUGCUAGUGGAGAUGAAGCGAUCACAUUUCAUCUCCACUUCCUCCACAUAUCGCGUCUCCUCCUGGCUGAGCUCUCUCCUCUCUGGUUAGAUAAAAAAAUACAAAACCGAUAUUUCCCACGCCGUUCCCCAAAUACCCCCCCCCCCCCUCCCCCCGAUUGCAUUCUGUCGAUCUACAAUGUUUUCGUAGAGGGACAGAAGAUCAAGACAAAACUGGCCUUUACAGCCACUGACUUUGGGCCAAGGGUUUGAUUUUCAUCCACGACUAAAAUGCUAAUCAUCACCAGUUAUGCCUGUGUAGUUCUACUGUAGUUUCAAACAUUUGUACUCAAAGUUAGUCCUGAGCAAUAUGGAGAAAACCCUCCUCUAUUAUCAAUGCACUAUAUAUAACACAGUGAGUGUUGAAGCUUGAAAAACCUCUUAAUCUCAUUUAUAUCCACAUUAUUGGACUGCAUGGGAGGUGAAACCUGAGGCGCGGAGCUGGUGUAGACAUUUGACCUUUGAUCGCAUUGUGUUUCAAGCGUAGUCGACAAAAUCGCAGAUGACAAUUUACAACGUAAAAAUAAAACCCGAUCACAAUGAUCGCUUACGCCCCGUCUGUCAAUUGUGCCAUGCUGCUUCCUCCUCCUCUUGAAGAAGCAACUGUCACCCGAGUGACAGCGCCCUCUGUCAAACAUCGUCUCACUGUGGAACAUGAAGCUGGCAUAGAGAUGCAUGAUGUAACUUAAUAAUCGCUAUAGUUCAGGUCCUACUAAUAGCUAUGUGGCAAAACUAUUGCUGCCAUUGCAAGAUGCAGUGCCAAAAAGCAUUGAUCCAUGCUCAGUCAAAACUAAUGUAGACAUUUUAGACUCAUCUAGACGACGGCACAGACAUGAGUCCAUAGGAUUUAACUGUUCUGCUUCCUCAGUUGGUCUGUUUUUAAAGAAAAUGAGCCCAGGAAGAGGAAAGCGGCACAGAUAACGUGACCAACCAUCAGUGCUUUGAUGCGUAUACUUUACAAAGCACACUAAACAUACUUUAGCUCUAGAUGAACUUUCCUUAACCUUCCAGGCACAUUGCCCUUCAAUGGUUUCUGCAGCCACUCUGUUGGACGCUGGUCGGGUCUCCCUCGUUCUCUUAUCUGCUUACCUUGGACACAAAGACUGAAAAGCACACAGAAAGAAUGAGGUUGAUGAGUUCUCCUGAAAAUGGAGCGAAGUUGAUGCCUCAUACACUCGAUGAUAGAGAUAAUGGACACGAACACGCACACAAAUAUGUAACAAGAAGCAUCCGACCUGGUUCCAGCAGGGAAUGUCCUCUCACUGAAACUUUCUGAAAAGAAGAAGUAGAGCACGAAGGCUGGCCUGGUUUGGUGGACGACACACACACACACACAUACACACUGAUCCUCAUUCUCAUGCACUGAUUCCGGCUGACGGAUCUCCGGUAGCUUUGAGGGAAGAUCAAGUUGAACUGGGCACAAGAAAACAAAUGGACGAAAUAAUAAAUAAGAAGAAAGGACAAACAGCCUCACGGACAAACGUUUCUCUUCGAGUGGAGAACUGGGAAAAGGACAAAAACGACAAACAGCAGCUGAAGGGCAGAAAGACUGUAAAUGUGAGAUUAAAAGACAAUUAUUUUUACAGCUAUUAAUCAUUAUCUGAGUCUCUUGACUUAAAUGUCCCUUAACAAAAAAAGCACUAAAAAGCACUGAACACACACCUCCUUGUUAAUCUGUUUUCAUCGUACCAUCAUGCUACUUUCACAAUCACUUGAUUUACUCUGUUAAAUUGUUCUAUAAUGGCUGGAAGGGUUCUGAUCACUAUGUAUUGUUGUUUGGCAAUAGUAUUGAACUCCAAUUUGAAACCAUAUGCUGUACUUUGGCUCCACAUGUUACAAAAAAGAAAAUAUAAAUAGUAUAUAAUACAAACUCAGCUACUUUAAUAUCAUCUGCAUACUUGAGAAGACAUCACUUAGGUUAAGUGAUGUCUUAAAAUUGAAAUGCCUUUGUUAGCUUCAUGUCUUUGCUGAUUCUUUUGUUUAUUUUGUAUUUUUUUAUACAACCUUCUCUGCUUCUGAAUUUGCGAAAAGGUUCUCGGACCCAGUGUUUCUUGUCUGCUAGUUAAGUUUUUUUACUUUUUUUAUUUCAUUUUAAUUUUUUUUACUAUAUGGUCAUAUUUCACUCAUAUGUGUCUGAUGAUCUCAGAGUGUGUCAAGUGUUGCCUCAGCCGCUUCAGGUGUGCCAAGAGGACUUUGUGCCCAUGAUGUCUUACACAACACAUGUUCGUGUGUGCUUGCAUGUGGAGCCACAGCAGUGACGCAGCCAUUGUAACAGCUUCUCUUAGACUAGAGCGACGACACACAAUUCUCACACACACAGACACACACUCUGACAGAAUGGAACUGUCCAGCUAUUUUGCCUUUGUGUGCGCUGUUGCCAGCUUUUUUGCUCAGGAUUUCAUUUAAUGCUGCAUUCCUAUGUAAACACAGGCUCUGUUUCAAACUCAUUAACAUGCCAAAGAAAAAAAAUUUAAAAAUUAAAUAAAAAAAAACACAUCACAGAGAAGAUGUCUGUGCUCACACACACGCCCGUUGACGUGGUGGUUCCACACAGCACGCUAUAGUGUGGCAGAAUAGGGUGGAUUUACUCGAGAGCAAAAAAUCAUAGACACCAAUCGACUGACUUGUAGCAGCUAAAUACAGUUUGUUAAAAAAGUUAAUUGUUUCCUACAUUGACUUAAUGACUGUUUGUGUGUAAAUCCACCUAGAGUGUGUGUGACACAUGGUGUAUUUAUGAAGAACUAGAAAAUGGGCUUUGUGACCACAAGGUGGCAGCAAACCCUUGUUUGACCACAAAACAGGGCCUCUUCUGUUGUGUUUUUGUGUGUGUUUGCUUGUGUGUGGGUGCCAGCGUUGAUACCUGAGUGUGUUCAACGUGUACACACACUUUGGUGUCAAACCAGGUCUUUUGUCUUUGGCAGCUGAUCAAAAAAACGCCUGCUUUGACGUCACUAUUGAGAUUUGAACAAAAGUGCAACCUAAGGCCCGGUCACACACGCCCUCAUUUGAAGCUAAAAUUGCGGGUCAGAGUUCACCAAAAACUUCAGGCAAAGCCAUUCUGUGAUUUGCCUCUCGGGCUCAUACAGACAGGAAGUCACUGAUAUAUUCUCGUGUGUGGGACCGGGCUGACACCUACAAGUUGAAACACCUCGAGAGCGAUGUCGUCUGAUUGUACAUUUCUUCUAAAGCUGAUCUUCUUUUUGGUUUCACUGUGACUGAAUGUGUUUUUGCAAAGCAAUAUUGUCGUCCACACCCCUGCUCUGUGGCUGGACUUGUAUAUAUGUUGCCAAGCAGCUUUCUGAACCUAUAUCCACAAGCAAUGGACGCCUCAGAGAUCACAUUUGCAUAUCGUGACUAAGCCUCCAUUUCUACUGCAUAACUCAUAGUCUCGCCAUGUUGCUCUAAAUGACACAAGCUACAAAUAAAAGUAUACAGAGGAAGGUGGUUUUGGUGUGUGACCGACAUUUUUCUACUUCAAUAAGACCACUCUAGAACUCACUCCUGUGUUCUUGUGCCCACGUUAAGUUGAUUUGUUGCACAAAACUCACGUUUUCCACUUUGUUUGUUUUUUUAAUUAACGUCAUCACUUGACUAUCUUAUAAAAUGCUCCCGCAACUAUGACAAAUGUAUUGUUGUCAAUGCUGUUACUGCUGUUUGUCUCGUGGUCAUGGGGCGGGUCGUCAUAGCCCAAUUUGUCAAACACUGUAAAAAAAACAAAAAAAAAAACAUGUUUAGAGGUGUUUUUGACUUGAUCACAUGAAUUCCAGCUGCAUUUUCUUUCUUUAAUUUUCUAAAAGCAACCGUGUUUGAUUCAAACUAUCAGGUAACUUAUAGAUUCCACACAGUCAACAGUCCUUACAUACUUUGCAUUUAUAUAAAGUAAAGUAUAUAAAGCAGAAUUCAGGGUAUCCCUUUGAUGACACUUUGACCUGAAUGUGUGCGGAAUAAUAAGAAAAUCCUAUUUGUGUCCGUUCUCCUCCAUAGACACUCGUUUUCUGUUCUUUCUCUAAUGAACAGUAACAAUUUUCCAUUGUGCAAAACUUUAAUUGUACCUGUACCGACCUUUGUAUCAGUGUGACACAGCAUCGGCACUCUUUGUUUUUGCACUGGGACAACGAGCAGCUUUUUGUCCCGAAGUGAAGACGACAAAAACAACUGAAAAUUCAACCGAAAUCAUGAUUGUAUGUAAAACGCCUCACUGCUGAUAAGAACCACAUGACUGUAAUGUGUCAAUGCAAUCUUACAUAUACAAGUAUCCAGCGUUUGGAGGGUCCGAUUCCAUCCGUUCAUGAUAUAAACAAUCAUUAGUUGAAGAGAUGCAGUAACUUAUCAAUUUAACGCGCUAACCCUGACCCUGUUGUUAAGAUGAGCAUCAUGAUUGUACAACAAAACUAAAGCUGUAUUUAUGUGAAAUCACAAAUUCUCGCCUCGUGACAUUUCCGGAUAUACCUUUUUUAUUUCUUUUAAUGCUGCUGGAUUACUCGUGAGCCGUCGAACACGUGAGAUGUUACCACAAUGUAGUUGUUAUGUACAUGCAGCCUCAAACAAUAAUGUUACAUAUGACGCAUUAUUGUCCCACACAGUGACGUGUGAAGCCGGGGGGGAAUGGGCUUUCUGUUCAAGCACCGUCGAGCAAAAUGUCCUCAGUAUUUAAGCUAAUUCAUAUGUAACUGAUCAUAAGAUUGUCGAUAUCACACCAGAUUCGAGCUGUCGUCACCGGCCGGGUGCAGAUGCUGUCAUCUGAGCGGAUGGCGACGGUGAGGGUAACGGAGCUGGUGGCAAUAACACUGUUAACUGACCGCGAUCCUGGCGAUGACGAUGACAAUUAAUUAUUCUGGAUGAUACAAAAUAAAGUCAAUUUGCUUGG